UAGGUUAAAGACACGCAACUGGCUUUAAUGUACCUGUAGAGUAGAAUCAAUGUGAGCUUUAUAGACUUAGUGCGAACAGUACCAUUAACAGACAAAUGGAACAGCGUCCAAGGAGCCAACGAGAUGUCGAUUAUCCAUUCGCUCACAUUACAAGCGUUAGGGUCGAAACGAUUGUUCGUAGAUUCUAGGUGACAGUAUAAUAUUCCCAGAAGAUCAAGAAGUUUUGCUGUAGUAACAUCACUUUGACCUCCAGAAGGUGACAAGGUACGGAAGGCAGACCGCGGCAUACAUAUCAUUUUAAUCAAUACGCCAUCGAUUAGCUCCCAACCCAAUGUCCGGGACUACCUAAAGCGGAAUCUGGCGUACUGAAAAUAUCUGGUACAAGAAUAUAAUUUACCAACAGAAGCUGGACCCAUGCAUAGCAGUACAAAUUGCAAUAGGUUAAGCAAGAUCUCUACCAAGGAAGACACUGGUGGCCACGUUUGGGUAUUUCGGACAGGUACAAUACAAGGAGGAAUUUGGUUUAAUGGUGAAAGGAUAACAUCGGAGAAAUAAGUACAAUUUUAUACCUAAAGGAACAGCCAAAUAGUCAACACAUUCUCUAUGUGCAAUGCUUCUUUUGAACAUGAGUCUUUGAAGGUAUUCCCCUCAGAAGCAGCACGAUAGAUUGGGAACGUCCUUCAGUUUCGCUCGUAAAUUGUAGCAUGCACCAUUUGUGAGAAAAACUGGAUUUUUGCCACUGUUGAAAAUAUGGAAGUUGAAUCCAUAAACAUGGCAAGGAAUUUUGAUGAUGGAUUGUAUUCCGUGGGACCAAGAUGGACAGCAACAUCGAUAUAUAGCAUUGACGAUGGCGGAAUGCCAACCAACAGUACCGUUGAACCAAUGAACGAGACUUGCGGUGAUUUGCUGUAUCUCGGUAAGCAAGCCGAAUACAAAGUGCCGAUUUACGGUUACCUAUCGCCGAUUGUGGUCUUAUUUACCGUUAUUACAAACGUUCUCAUUUGCGUUAUCCUUCUACGACGACACAUGCGUACUCCAACGAACGUCCUUCUGGUAUUCAUGGCUUUAUCUGACCUGUUCACCGGGCUGUUUCCAUUGCCUUUUUUGCUCUACGUCUACACAGCUGGGCGCUACGUGGAUUAUCUGCCGUUUGACACAUGCUGGAUGUAUAAAUACCUAUUUGAAAUUAUCCCAACGAUAUUCCACACGGCCUCUAUAUGGCUCACUGUUGCCCUUGCUUGCCAGAGGUACGUCUAUAUCUGCCAUUCGACCAGGGCGAGGGAAUGGUGUACGAUACCAAAUGUCAUCAAGGCCACGUGCAUCAUCUAUAUUCUGAGCAUCUUGUCGCAGUUAAGUCGAUGCUUGGAUACCGAUAUCACUGCAUGUGAGGUGCCAUCACUGGUGAAUCCUAACGAAACCAUUACCACUUGUUUUGAACAGUUGACCCCCUUAAUUGAAGCUAACCAAAACCUGUAUUAUAACAUUUUCUUUUGGUACCGUGUUGUUGUCAUACACGCCAUCCCGUGCGUCACACUCGUAGUCAUGAAUGCCCUGCUUGUGCGCGCCCUUCGUCGCGCACGGCGUCGUCGUGAGAGGCUCUUGCAGCAGAACAGAAAAAGCGAAUGGAAGAAGAUUCACGAAAGCAAUUGCACCACCCUAAUGUUAAUUGCCGUCGUUGGUGUAUUCCUUGUCGUUGAAGUGCCCAUGGCCAUUAGCUUCAUUCUGUACAUCGUGCAGAACACCUUCGAACUUCUUAUCCUGACCGACGACACCCAACAGAGUAUUUCCAUGAUAAUUAACUUCUUCAUCUUAUUAUCGUACCCGCUCAACUUUUUCAUAUAUUGCGCCAUGAGCAGACAGUUCAGAGAGACAUUCAAGCAGGUGGUCUUACGACGUCCUGCUGACUUGAAGAAGGAUUCUACAAAAUACACCACCUUACCGACCACAGUGAACAUUGAAAACACUGUGGUCAAAAAUGGCAAUGGCGUUAGCGGCGAUGAUUAUACGGGGCCUCAAUGUAACGAAGAGUCCAAAGUGUGAGUUAAACCCGAGAACUUCUGAAAUGGCACCCCACGGUCAUCCAGUACCAGACAUAGGUGUGCAAAAAAUGCUAAUUAAAAAUGAUCCUGCCAACUGUACGUACUAAUGUUAAAGACAAUCAGCAGGCCUCGGGAUGGGUGCGAACAAUUACCAUGAACACUCUACCAUAUAUUAGGACAAAAUUGACAAGAAGGGGAUGUUGGCGGUGGUGGCAAACGUGACAAAGUUUCUUUGGAAAUUCAAGAACAUAAGCCAAGCUUAUAUUUAAGAGCGAACACGGCCAAGAAGUGUUACGCAAAUGAUAAGUGCCACUUUAGAUAGUCUCAAUGUUGUCGAUAACGACCUGUCAACCCUUAGUAGCGACCAUGGUCGAAAGUUAGUGAAGACAAAUGAAAUGUUCAUAUGACAGGAUUGAACCCUUCAGAGGAGA